AUGAGAAUGCAGCGACCGCACGUUCUACUAUUUGAUAUUGGUGGGGUCUGCGUUGUCUCUCCAUUUCAAGCAAUCUUAGACUACGAGAAGCAGCAUAGCAUCCCCAUAGGCUACAUUAACUUCAGUAUACGGGAGCUUACACCUAACGGAUCCUGGCACAAACUUGAGCGAGGCGAGAUCAAGAACGAUGAGCAUUUUAUGAAGGCUUUCAAAGCGGAUGUAGAGAAGCCCGAGCUCUGGGAGAAGUUUCAUCGCCAGAAAUCGCCGACCACGAAGAUCCCGCCCGUACCGAGCAUUGACACCGAGAGUCUUUAUUGGACAAUGAUGAGCACUGCGCGAACUAACGACCCGUUCAUGUACCCAGCGUUGAAGAAGUUGAAGGAGUCCGGUCGCUUUCACCUUGCUGCAAUGUCCAACACCACGGUCUUUCCGGAAGGUCACGCGUUCAAUGAGCGCACCGAGGAGGACGUGAGAGAGCUGUUUGAUGUGUUCGUCAGCAGUGCGCAUGUCGGGAUGAGGAAACCGAAUCGCGAUAUCUACGAGUACACCCUGGCUAGGAUACGUGAAAAGUGGGGAGAUGACAUUAGACCCAAAGAGAUCCUGUUUUUAGACGACAUUGGUGAGAAUCUGAAAAUGGGCCGAACUGUGGGCUUUCAGACGAUCAGAGUGCGUCUUGGGAGGACGCAAGAGGCUGUCAGAGAGCUCGAGCAGGCCACCGGAUUACAGCUUCUUGACAACACCACGCGGGCGAAGUUGUAG